CGAUAGUAGCAACUAGUUCCGCGCUCUUUAGUGAAGAUGUGCAAUUUUCUCAUGUCUCAUUCGUAAACAACAGAGUACCUCAAGUCUUUGCUUUCGUUUAUUUUUUAUCGGCUCUGAACAUGGACCGAACGAUAGACAAUUUCAAAGAAAAUAACAUGAAAUUAACUACUUGGCGACAACGAACCAUACUGGCAAAUGAAUGGGAGGAAAUUUCUGAAGAUAUUAUGGAAUACGUUUGUAAUUUUACUAUGCACAUCGACGACACUCAGUUAAAAGCAUAUUCGCAGUGGAUAGAACCAAAAAGGAAUGUAGAAAGUACUAUACUAGUCUUCCCAACAUGGGAUGAAAUCGAUUCUGCCUAUGACAGCGAGUCCGAAAUGAUGUUCGAACAUGUUGAUAAUAACUGCGACAAUAUUGAAAAAAUCAACGUUCGUGCGGAAGGACCACGUAAUACAAUGGAUAACUUUUUCACGGGUAAGACCAAUAGAGAUCCAAACAAAUUUUAUAGUGCGAGGGAAAUACUUGUAUUACAAAAUCAGAAAUCUGAGGGAAACAUAGCAAGAAAACCAGAAGAAAAUGUUGUUCAAACGGCUGAUUUUUCUUUUUCUGCCACAAAGAAAAAACUUGGUUCGCUUGUUCGAAUUUGCAACACAAAUAAAAAGAGUUUUGUACCACCCGUGCGAACAAAAAGUUCACUGGUCCCUAACACUUUUGAACAGAAUGCUGAAGAAAAUAUGGAAGACGGUACAGAUUUGUCUAAUGCUGCCUUGAAAAAUAUUGAUCCCAAAAUGGUAGAAGUCAUAAAUAAUGAAAUCAUGCACAAGUUUAAACCUGUUGAUUGGAGUGAAAUUUCUGGUUUAGAAUAUGCCAAAUCGAUUAUUAAGGAAGCCGUAGUAUAUCCUCUUCUACGUCCCGAUAUCUUUACUGGUUUACGAAGACCUCCAAGGGGUAUACUGUUGUUUGGGCCUCCAGGAACGGGCAAAACAUUAAUAGGCAAAUGUAUAGCUUCGCAAUCGAAAUCAACAUUUUUUAGCAUCAGCUCGGCCUCAUUGACAUCUAAAUGGAUGGGCGAGGGUGAGAAAAUGGUUCGAACACUUUUCGCUGUUGCUGUCGCUAGACAACCAUCGGUCAUUUUUAUAGACGAAAUCGAUUCUUUACUCUCCAAGCGUUCUGACAACGAGAAUGAAGGUACCCGGCGUCUCAAGACUGAAUUCUUAGUUAGGCUGGAUGGAGCAGCAACAUCCGACGACGACCGAGUAUUAAUAGUUGGCGCUACGAACAGGCCUCAGGAAUUGGAUGAAGCUGUCCGCAGACGUUUUAUUAAACGACUUUAUGUUCCUCUUCCAGAAUUAGACGCACGUAUUGAUAUACUCAAAAACUUGCUUAAAACGGUCGACAACGAUCUUACCCCAAAGGAAAUCGAAGAAAUCGGAAACCUAUCAAUUGGAUAUUCUGGCGCCGAUAUGGAAAGUUUGUGUCGCGAAGCUUCAAUGGAGCCUGUUCGUCCAGUGCCCCAGGAUUUCAUACUUACCUUUGACAAGAGUAAUCUACGACCUGUCAAUAAAAAUGAUUUUCUUAUAGCACUAAAAAAGAUUCGGCCAAGCGUUUCUCAAGACGAUCUAGACCAGUACGUGGAAUGGAACAAAACGUACGGUUCAAGUUACUAACGUAAUUUUAUCGGAUUGAAAUUUGCGAAGAUUCAUAUAUUUGAAAAAAAAAAACGAUUUCUAAGUUAAGCUAUUAAAAAUAUUGAAACAUUCAA